AUGCAAAAUAAAAGUGAAUUCAACAGUACAAAUAGUAAAGAAUUUUAUCAAGAUGAAUAUGAUAAUAUUCCAUGUCAUAGAAAUGAAUACAUUAAUAAUCAACAUGAAAAUGUAGAUUAUACAAAUAAUAAUUAUGUUCAUGAAAUGUCUUUGAUAAAUAACACAGAAAAUCUACAAAAUAGUAAUAACUCUAAUUUAAUAAGUGUUAAAAAUGGAUUAACACAAAUAUAUAAUAAUUUUCCAUUCACUUAUGAAGAUGUAGAUAUUACUUGUAAAGAAAAAAAAAAUGAUCGAAUUAAAAUGUACGAAAAUGAAAAUGUCAAUAUAUAUGACGAACAAAAUGAACAAAAUGAACAAAGUGAACAAAGUGAACCAAAUGAUCAAAAUGAACAAAAUGAUCAAUAUGAACAAAAUGAACAAAAUGAACAAAAUAAUCCUUUUUUUCCAGGUUCUUAUAAAAAAGAAAAUGACAUAAUACCAUGUGAUAAUAAUAUAAUACCAUGUAAUAACGAAUCUUAUAAUUUACAUAUAAAUAAAAGAAGUACAAAUGAACUUCUUCCAAAAGAUCAGUACUUAUAUAAUGAUAAAAAUUAUGAAAUAAGUAAUAAGAACAACAGCAACAAUAAUAAUAAUAAUAAUAAUUAUAGUAAUAAUUUAUAUGUAAAUAAGCAUGAUAUGAUGAAUUAUUAUAUGAAAGAUAACAAUGAAAACCUAUUAAAUCCCUCAAACUUUAAUAAUAUAUAUCAUCAUAAUGAAUAUCCUGAUAAUAAUAAUUGUAGUGUAAAUUCAUUUCUGAAGAAUAAUGUGGGGGAAAAUAAUAAGUAUAAUAAUUAUAUUAUACAUGAUAAUAUGUUUGAUAAUAUAAAUAAUAAUGACAUUAUAAAUAAUAUAAAUAAUGUUAAUUGUGUAAAUAACAUACAUUCAGAGUCAUAUAAUAAACCAACCAUUUACAAAAAUGUUAUGAAUUAUCAUAAUAAAAACAAUUAUGAUAUGGUAACAUAUAGUAAUAAUAAUUGUAAUAUAUAUAAUAACAAUUAUGAAGAUAUUAUAUCUCCAUAUAAUACGUACACUGACUCAAAUUGUAAUUUUCAAAACUUUAAUAAUUAUAAUAAGCCAAUGCAUGAUAAUUAUUCAAUAAAAAAAUUAUAUCAUAAUAAUAAUUAUUAUUAUAAUAAUAAUAUUAAUAAUAAUCAUUAUCAAAAUAAUUAUCAUCAUCAUAAUAUUUAUAAUAAUAUAGAUACUGCACAAAAUAUAAAUAUACCUUUUCUUAAUAAUUAUAAUGAAAAUAUAAAUACAGGAUUAUAUAAUAAUGUGAUAAACAGUAAUAUGAACACACAAUACAAUGCAACCCCUUUACUGAAUCAAAUGUUUUUAAAUUAUAAUAAUGAUGAACAUGUAAAAAAUAUACACAAUGAGAAUAAUUUAUCAAGUUGUAAAAAUAUACCCGUUGUACAAAACAAUACAUUUAUUAAUAAUCAAGAAUCUCAUUUUAUAGAGGACAAAAAAUUAUAUUAUAAUAAUAUGAUAGAUUCCAAUAAUAUGGGCAUAUUAAAUUAUAAACAUCCUAUAUAUAAUAAUAUAAACAUUGUAGGUGAUAAAAAAGAAAAUAUAGAGGAAAUAUAUGAUAUGAAUAUUAAUAUAUCUGCAUUAAAUAAAGAAAAAUCUAAUAUGAAUUUGGAAAAAUAUAAAACAGAUUGUUAUAAUAGCAAUAUGAUGGGACCUGUUCAUAUGGAUAAUAAAAUGAAUGGAGAAAAUAUAAUGAAUGGUGAUAAUAAAAUGAAUGGAGAAAAUAUAAUGAAUGGAGAAAAUAUAAUAAAUGGUGAUAAUAAAAUGAAUGGAGAAAAUAUAAUAAAUGGUGAUAAUAAAAUGAAUAGAGAAAAUAUAAUGAAUGGUGAUAAUAAAAUGAAUGGAGAAAAUAUAAUGAAUGGUGAUAAUAAAAUGAAUAGAGAAAAUAUAAUAAAUGGUGAUAAUAAAAUGAAUAGAGAAAAUAUAAUGAAUGUUGAUAACAAAAUAAAUCAUGAUAAUAAUUAUGAUAAUAAUAAUGAUAAUAAUUAUGAUAAUAAUAAUGAUAAUAAUAAUGAUAAUAAUUAUGAUAAUAAUUAUGAUAAUAAUAAUGAUAAUAAUUAUGAUAAUAAUUAUGAUAAUAAUUAUAAUUCUCCUUGGGAUGUUAAUUUUCCAAAUUCGUUGUAUAAUAAUAAUUGCAUAAGUAAUAAAAGCAAAUAUACAAAUAGAAGUAACUCAUAUGAACUUAGUUUAUUUAAAGAUAAUAAAAAAAAUAACAUUAAUAGUAAUAGUAAUAAUAAUAAUAAUAAUAAUAGUAAUAAUAAUAAAUAUGAUGAUAUGUUGAAUAAGAAGAUGUUAUAUAGUAUUUAUUUACAAUCAUUACUAAAUAAUUUGAAUAAUGAAAUAUAUAAUGAUAAUGAGCAUGACGAUGAUAUUAGAACUUCUGUAAUUUAUAAAGAUUAUUUAAAAAGAAAUAAUAUAAAUAAUCAAUUAAUAUUAUAUAAUAUAAAAAGAAAUAUAUCGAAUAGAUUCUUUAAUAAUAUACCUAAUAUAAAUAAUUAUUUUUCUUAUUUGAAUUAUUAUAUUGAAUCAUUAAGAUUAUUAUAUAAUAAGCUUUUAAGAAAUCGAAAUUUAAUAUUGAUAUUAGCAAAAGAAAUAUUUUCAAAAAAUAAAAAACUUGAUAAAACAAAAAAAAAUAUAUAUACCUCGAAUAAUGAAAAAUAUUCAUAUAUAAGACAAUUAUUAUCAGUCCUAUUACCCCAACCACCUAUAUAUCCACCAUUCGAAAUAUGGUUUUUUAUGAGUAAGAAAUGUGCAUCACAAUUACAUAAACUUCAUUUAACAAUAUAUAUGGUAUAUCAAAAAAUAAUAUAUAAUUUUUCUAAUAUAUUGUUACAAAUAAACAAUGAUAUGAAUAUUAGGAAACCAAAUAAAAUCCAGAAGAAUAUAAAUGAAAGUAAUGAUUAUUUAAAUUUAUAUGAUCAUAAUGAAAAUGAAAAAAAAAAUAUUAAAUAUGAUGAUAAACAUGAAGAAAGUUAUAAUCAAAGAUUAUAUAAUUUAAAAAAAACAAAUUUAGACACUAACCAAAAUGAUUCAAACUCACAAAUACAAUUAAAUAAACCUAUUAUUAGUAAUACAUUACCUACAACAGAUGAAAAAAUGAUCAUUUCAUUAAAUUCUCGUAAUAAUGAUGAUCGUAUUAUAAAUAAUAUGGAUACAAAUAUGUUGAUUCAAAUAAAUAAGAAACUUGAAUAUAUUAUCACAUCUAUUAAUAAUAUUAAUAAAAUAAUAAUGAACAAAAAAAACGUACAGAAUAUUUUACAAGGUCAUCAUAAUAUAAAUGAAAAAAUGUAUAAUAUACAUCCUAUCAAUCCUAUACAAACAAGUAAUUUGCGGACCUUUGAAAGUAUUAGUGAUAAUAUAAUAUCAUGUGAUGAUGAAAAUAGUAUAAAUAUUAUUGAAGACGAAGAAAAUUUUAAAAAUACAAAUGAAAAAACAAAUGAAAAAAUAAAUGAAAAAAUAAAUGAAAAAAUAAAUGAAAAAAUAAAUGAAAAAACAAAUGAAAAAAUAAAUGAAAAAACAAAUGAUAUAGAUCAUAUAAAUAUUGAUAAACAAUUAAGUAACAAUAUUAGCACAAAUAAACAAAUACAUAUUAAUAACAAUCAAAUUAUAGCAUAUAAUAAUUUUGAAUAUGAUUCUUUGUUUAAUAAAUGGAAUAAUAUAAAAUCAGAUAUACAUAAUUAUAUUUAUGAAGAAAAUCCAUUCAAUAUAUUAGAUAAUAUAAAAUAUGAACUAGAAGAUGUAUACAACCAAAUGAUGAAUUUAAAAAAAACGGAUAACAUCUUAACUAUAAAUGAUAAAUUAUUACAUAAUCUUUUAAAAUUAGAUAAUUCAACUCAUCAAAUGGAUAUACCAAAUAUUUCAUAUGAUAAUAAAUGGAAAGGAAACAGCAACAACCAUAAUAAUAACCUCAAUAAUAAUAGUAAUAAUAAUAAUAAUAAUAAUAAUAAUUUUACUGAAAAUAAGAAUGUGUUAGAAGAAUUAUUAAGUAAUAAUAAUUGUUUUAAUAGAAUUAAUAAGCAAUUUAAAAAUAAAGAUAAUUAUAAAGAACCAAAUUUAAUGACUCAUAAUGAUAUUGCAGAUGAUAUAAGUAUAUGUUCGAAUGAAGAUGUAAAUGAUAUUAUAUAUAAUAUAAAUAGAACUGAUGACAUACUAAAAAGGUUAAUGUAUCUUUCUAAUAAUUAUUAUAAUAAUAUGAUAGAAUAUGAUAAUUAUAUAUUACAUUCAUAUCAACAUAAUGACGAUAUCUUAAAUGAAUUAAAUAAUAAUACGGUUACAUAUUACAACAAUAUCAAAAAAAAAAAACCAUUUUAUAAUCAAUUAUUACCAAGAACAAAAAGAAAUGAAAAUGUUAUAUUUAAUAAUAAUUAUAUUGUAACACCAAAUAAUAUAUAUAAUAAUAAUAAUAAUAAUAAUAAGUUAGCAGACUCGGAAAUUGUGGAAAACGUUAUGUGGACUUGUAAUCAAAAUAAUUAUCAAUUCAAUAGAAGUGAAAGCAAUGAUAAUUUAAAAAAUAUUCCUCAAGAAAAUAAUUUUCUCUUACCUAACAGUAAUAUGGAAAAAUUCGGUGAACUAAUAAAUGUAGAUAUGAACAAUAUUGAAAAUAAUAUAAAUAUGUUUAAUAAUAUGUAUAAUAAUGUAAAUAAUAAUGUGAAUAAUAAUGUGAAUAAUAAUAUAAAUGGUAAUAAUAUAAAUAAUAAUAAUAUAAAUGGUAAUAAUAUAAAUAAUAAUAAUAUCAAUAGUAAUAAUAUCAAUAGUAAUAAUAUUAAUAGUAAUAAUAUCAAUAGUAAUAAUAUCAACAGUAAUAAUAUCAAUAGUAAUAAUAUCAACAGUAAUAAUAUCAAUAGUAAUAAUAUCAAUAGUAAUAUUUAUAAUAAUAUGUAUAAUAUGAAUUAUAAAAAUAAUGGGAUAUCAUCCAAUAAUAAUUAUAUAAAUAAUAUAAACAAUGAACAACAUUUGAACCCUAUGAAUUAUAAUACAUAUGGUUAUGAUUUAUCAAAUAAUGUUAAUCAUUUAUUUUAUAAUAAUAAUUAUAUGGACGGAUCAUAUAAUAUAUCUAAUAAUAAUAUAAUUCAGAAUGAGAAUAUUAAAGGCAUUUAUCCUCAUAUUUAUAAAACGAACAAUGUGGUAAAUGUUGAAACAAAUACUUUUGAUAUAUAUGAUAAUGUACGUAAUAAAUAUACUAGUAUGGAUAAUAAAGACUCUGUUGGAGAAUAUAUAAGUGAUAGAGAAGAAAGUUAUUAUGAUAUAAAUAUAUUAAAUGAUGAAAAUAACAUAAAUAAAAAUAUUAUUAAUAACAAUAUUAAUGAUAUGAAUGUUUAUGAUAGUAAUAAUAUUCAUAGUAACAAUAAUAACAAUUUUGAUUAUAUUAAAAAUAUUGAUAAUAAUAAUAAUAAUAUUAAUGAUCGUGUAUUUGAUAGUAGAAAUUCAUAUGAAUGUUCUUUUCCCCUGUUAAAGAAUGGACCAUAUUUUUAUGAAAAUGAAAAAAAGACUUCUUCAAAUAUAUUAUGUAAUCAAGAUGUAAAUUUAGCAAAUAAUAAUUUUAUAAAUUAUGAAUCGAAUAUAUCAAAUAAUUAUAAUCAACUAAUAUCACAUAAUAAUAAUGAAAGGAAUAUAAAUCUGAAUAAAAAUUUUAAUGUUUUUAAUAACAAUGUGUUGAUAAAUAAUUGUACUAUAAAUGAUAAUAAUGUGGGUAAUAAUAAUGUGGAUAAUAAUAUGAUUGAUAGUAACAUGAUUGGUAAUAAUCUUAUUGAUAAUAAUAUGAAUGGUAAUAAUAUUAUUGAUAAUAAUAUGAAUGGUAAUAAUAUUAUUGAUAAUAACCUUAUUGAUAAUAACCUUAUUGAUAAUAGCCUUAUGGAUAAUAACCCUAGUGAUAAUAACCUUAUGGAUAAUAAUAUGAAUGAUAAUAAUAUGUAUGAUAGUAACAUAUAUGACCAUAUUAAUAACUUCUCGAUAAAUAGUCCAAUGAUAGAUAUGAAUUCCUUUGAAGAAGAUCCAAACAAUUAUAACAUGAUACAUAUCAAUGAAACAGAUAUAAAUUUAACAAAUGGGGACCUUAUAAAUAAUAGUGAGAACUAUUAUAAACAUGAUAACAAAGCUUCAUAUCUAUUAAAUUAUCAAAACUGUAAAAAUUUUGAAUUAAAAAAUGUAUCAAAUGUAGAAAUAGAACAAACAAAUAUAAUAGAUAGUAAUAAUACGUAUAAUCAAAUAACAGAAGAAAAUGAAACCUAUAGUUCUCAUAUGUCAUUAGAAGAAAAAAUUAAUAAAACAAAUGAUAUGUGUAAAAAUGAUACUGAAAUAAAUGACCAUUCGUUAGCGAUUUUGUUAAAAAAAAAUCCAAGUGAAAAAAAAAAAAUAAUGAACAAUCAUCAUAACAAUAACAAAAAGAACAACAUCAACAAUAACAACAACAACAAUAACAAUAACAACAAUAACAACAACAACAACAACAAUAACAACAACAACAACAACAACAAUAAUAACAACAACAACAACAACAAUAACAACAACAACAAUAACAACAACAACAAUAACAACAAGAAAAAAAAGGAGGAUUUGCAUGAACAUAAUAAUAAAGAAAAACUACAGAAUUGUCAUAAUGAAUAUUUAGAUAGUAAUGAUUAUAACUCAGAUAACAAUACUAAAAAAGAUAACGUACUUCUUAUAAAUAAUAUAAAAAAUACAAAUUGUAAUAUGGACCAAAAUAAUGAUAUCAUUUCAAAAAAUGCGAAUAAUAGUUCUAAUAACAAUGAUAUUUCCAAUGAAAAAGAUAAUAUAAAUAAAAUGAAAUUAAAGAAAAUGUUAGAAAUUACAAAUAAAUUAAUUGGAAAAAAAUAUAGAGGUAUAUGUUAUGACCCUACCAGAAAUGGAUGGUCAACUUUUGUGUAUAAAGAUGGAGUUAGAUAUAAAAAAUUUUUUUCUUCUUUUAAAUAUGGAAAUUUACUAGCAAAAAAAAAAUGUAUUGAAUGGAGAUUAAAAAAUCUGAAUCCAAGUUCACAUGCCUAUUCAUUUUCUUUAAAAGCAAAGGAAGAAUUUAACGAGGUUUUAAAUGAUAAUUAUAAAGAUGUAGGUAUAUUAUAUGACAAUAAAAAAGAUAGUAAUAAUAAUAAUAAUAAUGGUAAUCAAGAUGAUGAUGGGAAUAGAGACAUACUAUACAUAAAUGCUUUCUUGAAUAUAUAUAAUGACGAAAAGGUUAAGGAAAAAUGUUUUACGGAUGAAAAUGAUAAUGUUAAGGAUAAUGAAAGAAACACAAAAGAAAUAAAAAUAAUUAAAAAUAAAAUCCCUCCCCCCCAAAAAAAAACAGUACAAAAUAUAAGUACUAAUGAGAAAUGUAAUGAUGAGAAAGAAAUAUAUUAUGAGGAUAAUACAAAUGUUAAUGUAACAAAUAAUAAUAAUAAUAAUAAUAGUAAUAGUAAUAUGAUGGAUGAAAGGCAACAUUCUUAUAAUAAUGAUACAAUAAAUGAAAAAAAAAAUAAUUCUCUAAAUACAGGAAAAAGAAAAAAUGACAGAGAGAAUUAUAUGAACAACCAUAUGAAUACUGAUUCAUUUUUACUUUAUAAUUCUGGUGAUAACUUAAUUGACAAAAAUAAAAAUUGUAAAUUAUUUAGUAAUACAUUAGAAAAUGAUGAAACGUAUUCUUGUGAUACCCAAAAUGUACCAGAUAAUGUAUUAAAAAAUAAUGAAUAUAAAAGAAAGAAAAUGUGUACAGUACCAGAAGAAAAAAUAAUAAAAGAUACUAACGAUUUUGUUGAUAUGAUGUAUACCUUGGUGGAAAGAAAUAAUACAUUUGAUAAAAAUUCUGAUUUGAAAAAAGAUCAAAUGGAUAAUAAAAAGGAACAGGAAGAUGUAGAAAAAGAUGUAAAAGAAAAUGAAAAGAAAGAUGUAAAAGAAUAUGAACAGAAAGAUGUAUAUGUAGAUGUAGAGGAAGGAUUAAAAAAAACAACAAGAAAGCAUUUAAUAAAUAUGAAUAAUUGUGAUACAUAUAAUCAUGAGAAUAAUAAUAAUGAGAAUUAUCUAAUUCAUAAUAGUACUAAUAACACAAAAACAAAAAAUAGAUCAUGUAUUGAUAAUAUUGACAUCACGUUAAAUAAUAUAAAUUGCGGAAUUCCUUUAAUAGAGGAUAAUCAUUUAUAUGAUAAAGAUAAAAUUAUGAAUGAUAUAAAUACAUACAAAAAUAUGGAAGAUAUAAAUUGUAAACACCAUAAUAGUUGUAAUUUUAUGAAUGUGGAUUACAAAAAAGACAAACAUCUUACAUCAUAUAAUGAUAAUUUAAAAAAUAAUGAAGAAGAUAUAUUUUUUAAUAAUACUAAAAAUAACUUUGUUUUACAUAAUAAUAGUAAUAAAAUAAAAAAUGAUGAAAAUUAUUUUGCUUACAAAGAUAAAUUAUUAAAAUAUAUGAAUACAUGUAAAUAUACUAAUGAUGAAGAAAAACAUAUAUUUCUUCAGUUUUUAAAAAUAAAAACAGAAUGGGUAUUAGUAGAAUUAAAUAACUUAGAAGAAAAAUAUCAUCAUUAUUUUAGAAAUAAAAUUGAAUCAUUUUAUAAAAACUAUUUAUUAAAAGUAAAAAAUAAUAAAAAGCAAAAUGAAAACAUAAAAGAAUUAGAAAUAAUAUUUGAAAAUAAAUUAAAUACUCCAUGGGUGUGUAUGAUAUUUCCUUAUUAUUUUAUAUCCUAUUUUAAUUAUAAAAUUUUUUGUAUUUUAAAAUGUACAAAAAAAAAAAGAGUAAGAAAAAAUACAAAUUUAAUAAAAGAUAAAAUACUUACUUCAAAACUUAAAGGAGUAAAUUUUAUAAAAUAUAAAAAAGCAUGGUGUUUUACAUAUGUUGAUGUUGAUGAUAAAAAAAAAAAAAAAAUUUUCCCUGUAAAUGAUUAUGGUUUUGUUGAAUCCAAAGCUUUAUCUAUAUUAUUCAGAAAGAGUUUCUUUUUUCAUUUAAAUAAAAUACAUAUCUUUUUAAAAAAUAUUCUUUAUAAUAAAAAUAAUAUAUCAAAUACUAUGAUAAAUCAAGGAAAUACUUAUAAUAAUAUAAAUGAAUAUAUUGAUCAUUAUAAAAAAUAUGAAGAAUUUCUAGUAUGCUAUGGCAAAAUUAUUUAUUUUAAUGAGAUGAAAAAUAUAUAUAUAUGUAGCGAAAAUAAACAGAACGCUUUAAAUUAUAUGCCAAAGGAAAUAAAACGUCAAAUAUGUAACAAAAUGUGUUCUCAUAAGGAAUAUAAUAUGGAUAAUAAUAUGGAUAAUAAUAUGGAUAACAAUAUAGAUAACAAUAUAGAUAACAAUAUAGAUAACAAUAUGGAUAACAAUAUAGAUAACAAUAUGGAUAACAAUAUAGAUAACAAUAUAGAUAACAAUAUAGAUAACAAUAUAGAUAACAAUAUAGAUAACAAUAUAGAUAAAAAUUUAUGUAAAAAUUUAUGUAACAAAAUUGAUCCAAUAAACCUAUUAAUUACUACUAGAUAUUAUUUUUUGAAAAAAUCCAAAAUAAUGAAUUUUCCAAAAGGAUUGGUUUAUUUAUCUGGAUAUUUUUUAUGGCUAGUUGCAUUUUUAAAUAAUAAGAAGGAAGAAAUAAUUAUAUCCUUUUCUGUACGUAAAUAUUCAUAUGAUAUAGCUAAAGCGAAAUGUUUAGAAUGUUAUUAUUGUUUAUUACAUAAAUAUAAAUUCAAACCGCUUAAUAUAUCAGGUGUUAUAGAUAUUGUAUUAGAGAGUGAUAUUGAAUGUAAAAAUUAUAAUUUAUUAGAUUAUUCAUCUGAAGAUAUUAUGUCACUAGAAUAUCUGUUUCUAUAUUUUUCUCCUUCUUCAUAUGUUUUACAAAAUAAUACAUUAUAUAAAAAAAUUGCACGUAAGAAUCAAGAAUUACAUAAGCAAUAUGAUAAAUUAUUUCCAGGACAGUAUGUACAUUUGAAUACUUAUCAAACCUAUGAAAUAACAAAUAAUGAUUUAAUAGAUAAUAAUAUAAAAUGUGCAAACGGUGAAAUGGUGUCUAAUAUAUAUAAUGAUAAAUUAUCUCAAGAUGAUAAGAAUAAGUUUAUAUCGUCUAGAAAUGAACAAAACAUAUUGGAUACUAUGAUAUAUAAUAAACAACAUGAGUACCAUGAUGUAAAUAUGGACCAAAUCAAUAAAAAUAAGGAGGAACCUAUAACAAAUAUAACAAAAAAUAUAUCAAAUGAUUUAUCUCCUUUAAUAUAUGACCAUCAAAAUAUUACAUAUAAGAAAAAUGACAAGAAAAGUAUCCCCUUAUGUUUUUCAGAUGAUGAAGAAGCCAAAGAAAUUAAUGAUAAGAUAAAAAAGAAAAAAGAUAUCAAUUUAAAUUGUAUGAGUAAUUUACACAAUGAAAUUAGUAAAAAAAGUACCAACAUAAAUAUUACAAAUCAUAAUAUAAAUGUGCAAAUGAAUGAUUCGAUGAAUGGACACUUGAUGGACGAAAAAAUACAUAUGCAUAAUAAAAAUAAUACUAACAAAAUUGAUAAUAAUAUAAACAAUAUACAUAAUAUAAGCAAUAUACAUAAUAUAAGCAAUAUACAUAAUAUAAACAAUAUACAUAAUAUAAACAAUAUACAUAAUAAUAAUAAUAGUAGUUGUAGUUCUUGUUGUUUUUAUGUUAAACAUGUGAACAGAGAAAGUGAUAAUGGUAAUUCAGAGAAUUUGUUUACCUCCAAAACGUUUCAAGACACUUAUAAGCAAACAUACAUAAAUAAUGAUUAUUACAAAAAUAUAUUAAAUAAAAAUAUAUGCUUCUUUUUCGAUAAUAAUAUACAAGAUAUUUAUUUAAAAAAAUAUUAUGAUGAAUUGUUUAAUGAAAAAUCAAAUGAAGAUGAAAAUAUAAAAAAUGAACAUAUUUUAUUCAAAAGAAUUGACAAAAAAGAAGAAAAUAUUGGAAUUUUUAUUUUAUUAAACUGUCAAUGGUUAUCUGAUUCUUUUGUUAAUAACGUUAAUCAAAUAGAAACAAAAUAUGCCGAUAUUUAUUCUUUUAAAAAUUAUCUCAAUACAUGUGAAGAAGUUUAUAAUUGGAAAUAUAAAAAGAAUUUUAUUAAAGAUUGUGCUGAAAUUUCCAAAAAAUUUCCAAGAAUUGUUGGUGUUCAUUAUGAUUCUUAUGCAACUGCAUGGGUUGUUAAUUGCUCAUUUAAUAAAAAAAGACAUGAUAAAAAGUUUUCUGUAAAAACAUUUGGAUUUUUACAAGCAAGGAAGCUAGCUAUUGAAUACAGGGAAAGGUGGAUACAAUUAAAGGCUUUCCAUCGUCUAAAUAAUUUAAAAAAAAAAACAGAAAAAUUAUAA